AUGUCGAAGUUUGGUAACCAAGAGGGUUCUCCUAUGGAGUACUGCCAAGGGUACUCUACCAAUGUGGACGCAAUCCGAGAGCAAGAGUAUCCUCUUCUCAAUGAUACGACCUAUCUUGAUCAUGCAGGGACAACACCCUAUGCCAAAUCUACAAUUGAAAGUUUCUCAAGAGACAUGGUCUCCAAUCUAUUUGGGAACCCGCACUCGAUGUCAUUGUCGUCGCAGCUCUCUACAACGCGCACCGAUGAUGUCCGACUCCGCAUGCUGAGAUUCUUCAACGCCGACCCCAAUGAAUUCGACCUUGUGUUUGUAGCAAACGCAACUGCUGGAAUCAAAUUGGUGGCAGAGUCCAUGAGAGAUUCUGAUCACCGAGGCUUCUGGUAUGGGUAUCACUCCGACGCCCAUACCAGUAUUGUUGGAGUGCGAGAGCUGGCUGGGAUGGGAUAUUCAUGUUUCCAAACCGAUGAGGAAAUGGAAAUUGGAAUCUCAGAGCUUGCCGGCAACCAGUCCAAAGCGCCGCGACUGAUCGCAUAUCCUGCACAAUCAAACAUGAACGGCAGGCGCUUGCCGCGGCGUUGGUGUGAGCAAGUUCGAAAUGCAGCCAACACAAGUGGUAGUAGCAAUGUAUAUACAUUACUUGAUGCUGCCUCUCUUGUAUCAACUGCUCCACUUGAUCUUGGACCCUCUGCCUCUGCGCCAGACUUCACGGUUCUCAGCUUCUACAAAAUAUUUGGCUUUCCCGAUCUAGGGGCUUUGAUAGUUCGGAAAAGUGCCGCCAGGGUCCUUCAAGGACGCAAGUUCUUUGGUGGGGGCACUGUCGACAUGGUCGUCGCUGCUGGGGCGCAGUGGCAUGCAAAGAAAGAAACCUCCAUUCAUGAAUCGGUAGAAGAUGGCACUCUUCCCUUUCAUAGCAUCAUCGCCUUGGAUGCAGCCUUGGACACCCAUGAGCGAUUGUAUGGUUCAAUGUCUAACAUCUCGGCCCAUACAAAUUUCCUUGCCAAGGAAGUAUAUGACAGACUCUCCUCAUUGGUACAUUUCAAUGAGAAAAAAGUCUGUCAGAUAUAUCAAUCACCUUCUUCGGCAUAUGGCAAUCAACAAACUCAAGGUCCCAUCAUCGCGUUCAAUCUUUGCAAUAGUCGCGGUGAAUGGAUUCCAAAGACAGAGGUUGAGAAGCUAGCCACUGUCCAGAAUCUUCAAAUUCGCACUGGAUCAGUCUGCAAUCCAGGCGGGACCUCUUCUUAUCUGGGAUGGACUGGUCCUGAACUUCGCAAUCAUUACUCAACCGGUUUGCGCUGCGGCGAUAGCCAUGAUGUUUUGGGAGGGCGACCAACGGGAAUUCUACGUGUCAGCCUGGGUGCGAUGACAAACAUGAGAGAUAUUGAAUCCUUGUUUAGCUUCGUCGAGGAAUUCUACGUCGAAAAGACCCCCUCAAUUGUUUGUCUAGAUCCCAUCGGAGCAAACGAUGGGGUUGUUGGGCCGCAUUUCUAUGUGGAAAGCUUAGCGGUCUUUCCCAUAAAGAGCUGUGGGGCUUUCAAAAUUCCCCAAGGCAAGCGAUGGGAAGUCAAAAGCGAGGGACUCGCCUGGGACAGAGAAUGGUGUCUGAUUCAUCAGGGAACGAGUGCAGCCUUGAAUCAGAAGCGAUACCCGCGGAUGUGUCUGAUACGACCAUCGAUUGACAUUGAAAAAGGCGUCCUGCGCAUAACAUGUGGCGCAAUAGCGGCAACCGAUCAAGUCAGUCUGGAGAUUUCACUUGGCUGGGAGGACACAAGCCUUGUGUCCACUUCAUUUUGCCCAAGCUCGACCAAAAGAUCAACAACAGUAUGCGGGGAGCCAGUAGCCCUGCACGCGUACACAUCUCCCGUGGUCUCAACCUUCUUUUCAGAUUUCCUCGGCGUGCCUUGUACACUCGCAAGAUUCCCCACUCAAACCGCCAUCCGCUAUUCACGCCGGCCGCGCAUGACCAAUUCAUGGAAGAGUCGUUUCCGUAGUCUUCUCAUGCCAGGCUCAUUCCCUGGGGACUUCUCACCUCCAGCGCGGGAGAUUGAAUCGAUACCAAUUGCGCUUUCCAAUGAUUCGCCAAUUCUCGUUGUGUCGCGGUCAUCCGUCAACCGGUUGAACGAAAUCAUCAAAAGCAAUGCCAAAUCAGGUAGCAAUAAGACUGUCGCGGCAGAUGUGUUCCGUGGAAACAUCGUCGUCGCUGAACGUCUCGCUCGCCGUGGUGAUGUGGAGCAGCCAUAUGCCGAGGACACCUGGUCAUCACUUCGAAUAGGACCGGAUCAAUUACGGUUCGAUGCUCUUGAUGCCUGUCAGAGGUGUCAAAUGGUCUGCAUAGAUCAAUUUACGGGAGCCCGACGCGAUGAGCCGUUCUCGACUCUUGCCAAAACAAGAAAUAUUGAUGGGAAGGUCUCAUUUGGUCGGUAUGCUACGCUCUCGUCGGAAGAAGGAGAUGGGUUUGAUACCGAGAAAUCUGGCCGCCGCACAGUCAUGGUGGGAGAUGUGGUUGUCCCUUGGACUCAGUAUUAA